AUGACCCCCAAACGUUUCUUCGUUGCUCUUCUUCAGUUACAAGCUUUUGUCGCAUCAGCUAUGUACCGUCCUGCAGAAUGGGACCACCAUGAUGGAAUCAUUAUGGCCUGGCCAUCGAUCGAGAACGACGCCUAUGCGGAUAAAGGCGGCAGUCGGGAUUUAGCUGCUGCCACCCGAGAUAUUUCAGCAAUUGCUGAAGCAGUUGCUGAAUUUGAGGAGGUCACCCUGCUUGUCACCCCAGAUCGUCUCAAGGAGGCAAAGAAACGGUUCAAGCACGACCCAGACGAUAUCAUCGUCCAGCCUGUUCAUGAUUUUCCCAAGCUUGAUUUGUGGAUGCGUGACAUGGCACCAACUUUCGUGUUUGAUGGAUGCCACCUUUCUGGUGUUGAUUACAAUUUUAAUGGCUGGGGUAACAAAUACCCCGUCGCUGCUUCCGAGUCUCUUGCGUCCCAGGUCUGUGACAACAUGGACCGCCCUCGGAUUUCGACCUGGCUUGUGACGGAAGGCGGCUCGCUGGAGGUUGAUGGAGAUGGUACUCUUCUAAUCACCGAGAGCUCGAUCAUCAAUGAAAACCGGAACCCAGGCAAAACCCGGGAACAGAUCGAGGAUGAGUUGCGGCGAACGCUUGGUGUCUCGAAUAUUAUCUGGCUUCCUGGUGUUAAGGGCGGUGAUGUUACUGAUGGCCAUGUUGAUGGCCUCGCGCGUUUCGUGGCGCCAGGAAAAGUCGUUAUCAGCAAACCGAACACUCUUGACAACACUCAAUUCUCUGCUGUGUUUAAAGAAGCCUAUUCAAUCCUCUCCAACGCGACGGAUGCUCAUGGCCAACGUAUUGAGGUUAUCGAAAUGGUCGAAGCCGAUUUGUACUCUCUCGGAUUGGACAAAGGGACUUUGAAGGAUAUUGAAAGUGAAGAGGAGGAUUACCCUUCAUUGAGCUAUGUCAACUGGUUACUCGUGAAUGGUGGAGUUAUUUUCCCUCAAUUUGGAGACAAGAAGGCCGACGCCGCGGCCUUGAAGAUCAUCCGUGACCUGUAUCAAGAUCGACGGGUGAUGACUGUGCGCCUCGAUCAGUUGCCAUUCUUGGGCGGCGGUAUUCACUGCUCCACGCAAGAAGUCCCUGCAGCCUAA